AGGAACUCGGAUCACGCUUGACGUCCAACGCGAAAUGGCUGACCGUUGGCGCAUGAUGACAAGCCCUUAUGGAAGCGCACAAUCCUUGUAAAGUAAAGCUACUAUCCUUUAUGGUUUGCUACACUCUUUUCAUAUUGCUACCUACAGACGGCAUCCUAUGAACGCCUUUUCGUAUGAGCUUCACCAACCCUAAACAUUAAGGCUCUUUCCACGCUUUAACGCUAGCAGGAACAAUACACUGCCAAUCUAGACUAGGAUACAUCAGAUCGUUCGUCAUUGCACUCGUGUAUUGCUGUUAGGGCAAGAUGGACGACGACGAAGACACUCUCAGCUCCAUGUCUGGAGAUUACGGAGUGGAUAUACUGCCGUCUUCGUCUGACGAUGAGGAGGACGAGGACGAGGUUGUGCUAGAGCAAGCAGACAAUGAGGAUGCGGACGACGCUGAAUCGGAAGAGGGCCAUGCCAUGCUCGGUGGUCGCGCGACGGGUCGUCUGUUUGGUAGACUACCAGAUUCCUAUCUACAGGGCACCGGCGACGCACCCAAUGCUCUGGGUCUUGUACAGGCGCCGGCGCGGGAGGAUGCACAUGCGCAGGCGGAGGAGGAGUCUACGCUAGCGUCAUGCAUGCAGUCGCCAGGUCUGCGGGCUAGGAGACCGCUGAUCGGGACAGCUAGCACACAUGACGGUGAGCGGCAGGGGAUGUCACUCUAUGAUGCGCUCAAGUCCUUGGCAGCACGACAACGACAACAGGGGCUAGGCAUGGGGGAGAACGGCGGUGGCGGCACGACAGCAGCAGUGGCAGCGGCAGCAGCAGCGGCAGCAGCAGCGGGUCCGUUCGGUCGUGGGAUAGGAGGAGGCAUGGGGGCUGUGUACGGCGGUGGCGGCACGGCAGGCUACGGUGGCGCGUACGGCGGGGGCAGCUGCAGCGGCGGCGGUGGGUUGCGACCUGCUGCCGCCACUGGCCCGCUUGGGCUGGGGGGCCUCUCUCCGAGGCAGAAGCCGCUUCGGCAGCGCAUAUCAGUAUGGAGGAUGUCAACGCCUUUAACAAGAUCUCUUCCCUCCUUCUGUGCCCGCUGUGCAAGGGCGAACUGACACCGCCGCGCAAGGUGUUACGGGGAGGUGGAGAGUGGCGCGUCGACAACUGGCUCAUCUUCUGCGCCCAGAUUCCGCCCAUGGACUGGCCGCGCUCCGUCGCCGACCUGAUGAAGCGCUACCGUGGGCACGAGUGGUGCACAUACCAGUGCAACGAGCACAUGUUCCUGACAAUGCUCCUCCGGGUGUACCACAACGUGCAUUCGCCCCCCGAGCCCAUCAUCAGCCGCAGCAACAGUGCCCCGGCUGACAUCAAGCGCCCGCGCGAUGAGGAGCCUGGCGGUGGCGGUGUCAAGGGCGGCGGCGGCGGCGAGGGCACCUCCAAUGGUUCCGGCGGCGAGGGUGGCAUCGAUGACGAGGGCGGCUUCGUCACCGGCCAUUAACGUGGUACUGGAGGACAGCGAUGUGGAGAUUAUCGAGUAGUGAG